GGCUUCAAUAUUUUUGGUGUUUCUCACAGUCGGUCAUGAAGAACCACCAUUGACGAUCUUACUCUCUCGCAAUCGUUGUCCACUGAUAAGUUUUGGUGCCCGCCUGCAUAGACAAGUCAAUCGUUGCCUGCAUCCAUUGUCAGGAAAACCUUCGUCGGCCUCCAUCAUCAAACCGACGACCGCGAUCUCAGAUGGAUUCACUUGACUGGAAAUUAGACUCAUCAUGCGUUUCAACAGGAUAUCAAUGCAUUGUGCUAGGAUGAAUCAACACAUACCAAUGUUAUAUGUACAAUUGUACACAUAUCAGGUGUAUGCCAUCAUGAUACUAGUCCAAAAAAAGUUGGUAAGGUUAAGAUACUCACUUAUUUACAUUGAUCUUGUUACUGAUAUAUUAAUAUGUGAACACCAUUUUUGCUUUUACAGCACACUUGAAUAUCCUGGUUCACACAUUCUUGCAGGAGGAUCUUCUAAUGGUAAAUGUGUUAAAAAGAGAACCCAUGGUUCACAUUAUAGUGGAGUAACAGAUGGUAGCUUUUCUGGAGUAAAGGCUCUAAGGAAGCUUUGA